AUGACAUUCAUUAAAAAGAUUAAAAACAUUUUUAAAAAAAAAGAACCAUCAUUAAAAAAGAUAAGAAAGAAACAACAAGAAAAUCUUGAUAAUAAUAAAACUAUAAAUAAUUACCAUUAUCACACAUACAAUACAAAUAUAAUACCAAAUAAUAAUAAUAAUAGUCCAUCUAAUUCAAGUUCAAAUUCAAUUGAAACCAUUGGACAUAAUCAAAAUAUUAAUUCAAAUAUUGGUUAUAUUCAACAACAACAACAACAACAACAACAACAACAACAACAACAACAACAACAACAACAACAACAACAACAACAACAACAGCAACAACAACAACAACAACAACAACAAGUGCCAUCACAAUCACAAUUAUCUCAAUCUCAACAAUUACCUCAAAAUCAAGACAAUCAAUUUAAUAAUAUUUAUCAUACAUCAUCAAGUUAUACUCCAUCACAACUAAUAUCAUUAGAAAAAAACAUAAAUAAUAAUAAUAAAAAUAAUAAUAAAAAUAAUGAUGAUGAACAACAAGACCAACAACAAUUAAAACAACAACCAAAUCAUCAAUUUAAUAAUAAUCAAAUUAAAAAUCAAAAAAAUAAAAUUUUACCAAAUACAUUUUCACCAAAUCUACAACCUCAACAACCAUUGUCAUCAUCUUCAUCAACAAUAAAUACACCAUCAUCACCAAAUCAAUUAAAUUCACCCUCAAUAGAGGAUCAAAUGGAGGAAUAUAAAAAAAUUCAUAGAGAUAAAUAUAAAACAUCAAGAGAAAGAUCAAAUAUUAUAAAUAGUAGUUAUAAUUAUUUAAAUAAUAAUAAUAGUAUUAAUAAUAUUAGUAAUAAUAAUAAUUUCAACAAUUUAAAUAAAGAAUUUUCAACAACAACAACAACGACAACUACAACAACAACAAAUUCAUUAAAUAAUCAUCAUCAUUCAAAUAGAUUAACUGGUGGUAUAUAUCAAAAUUCAAAUAUAAUUUCACCAUUAAUACAUAAUAACAGUAAUAGUAAUAAUAAUAAUAAUAAUAAUAAUAAUAAUAAUAAUAAUAAUAAUAAUAAUAAUAAUAAUAAUAAUAAUAAUAAUAUUACACCAAGAAUUACACCAUAUUCACCAUUAAAAACAAGUAGUAAUUUAUUAAAAAGAAGUUCACAUAAAUUAAGAAUGAAUAAAUCAGAAUAUCAAAGAUUAUAUUUCUCAUCAAAAGAUGGUGGACUUUGGAUUAAUGAUUUACCAUUAAAGAUAAAGGGAGUAUCAUGGUUUGGUGGUGAAUGUGAAACUUAUUGUGUUCAUGGAUUAUGGGCAAGAGAUUAUAAACAAUAUUUAGAUUUCUUAAAAGAGAAUACAUUCAAUGCAAUUAGAAUACCAUUCUCCUAUGAGAUGGUAGUUAAAGAUCCAUUCCCAACAUCAAUUACAAUCAAUCAACAAAUGAAUAAGGAUCUAUAUGGAUUGCGAGCAUUAUCAGUAUUGGAUUUAAUUAUUGAAGCAGCUGGUGAACGUGGAAUUCUAAUUCUAUUGGAUUUCCAUUCAUUCGGUCCAAAUGAUAGAUUGAAUCAUGGUUUAUGGUAUUCUUCAAAACAUUCAGAAUCUGAUGUAAUGAAAAUGUUCAAUAUAUUAAUACUACGUUAUGGUCAAAUGUGGAAUGUUUUAGGUAUAGAUUUAAAGAAUGAACCAUUCGCUGCAACUUGGAAUAGUGGUAAUGAGAAAACAGAUUGGGAUAAGGCAAUCAAUAGAAUCGGUGCAUACAUUCAAAAUAAUGGUGGUAAUCAAUGGUUGAUUUUCGGCCAAGGUAUACCAUCCCAAACUGCUGAUAAAAUAGCAUGUUGGGGUGAAAGUUUUGAGCAGGAGGGUGUAAAAGGUGGUCAAACAACAAUUAAUUUACCUUUAAAUGAUAAAUUUGUUUACUCUCCUCACUGCUAUGGUCCGUCCGUUGUCAACCAUCCACAUUUCAAUCAUAAAGAUUAUCCACACAAUUUAAAACCUCAUUGGGAUCAAAAUUUUGGUAAUUUAGCAACAAAUACUAAAAGAGGUGUAGUAAUUGGUGAAUGGGGUGGAAAAUAUAUAACUCCAAUGGAUCAAUUAUGGAUGGAUACUUUUGUUGAUUACUUAAUUUCAAAAGGUACAACAGAUAGUUUUUAUUGGUGUUUAAAUCCAAAUAGUGGUGAUACUGGUGGUUUAUAUUUAGAUGAUUGGGUAUCUACAAAUCUUCCAAAAUUGAAUUUAUUAAAUAAAUUAUGUCCUCAUCCCACAAAAAUUAAAUUGGAUAAAGAUACAAUGAUAUAUAAAAUAACAUCAGUUGUAACAGCAACGUCUGAAGCAUAA